GCUCGACUCGCUCGCUCGCUCGCUCGCUCGCUCGCUCGUUCGUUCCUUCUCCAAUCACCUUUGUAUCUCUCGCUCGGUGGAUUCGGGGGAUUCGCCUAACAGCACAGUUGGACUUUAUCGCCGUUUCACGGCGUGUCGUAAUAAUUCGCCUGGCGCACGCAUCGACUUAAAACUAAUUGCUUCCCGAACGGGUGGCGAUUAGUCGUGUUCACGGAUUCGGGGGAAACACGCUCGCGAGUAACUCGCGGGCUCGAUCCGCCGUCAGUUUAGCAGUUCAUCGUGUUAUGUGAUUUUUUUUCGCCGCUUUUUCGAUCAUCCAUUUAUCUCUCCGUCUCGUCGUCGCUCGCCGAACGAAACAUGAGCGUGAGGCGUCGGAAGCUAAGAACUGAAAAUGAAGAGGAGCACGAUGAUGAAUUGGCAUCCUACCAGAAGAAAAGCACUGGCCAGCUGGGGAGGAGGUACUUCACCAUGCUAGUAGUGCUCGGUACAUUGUUCCUAGGUUACAUAGCCAUAGCAAAUGACUUGAAGCCCAUCAAGAUAGGCAGCAAGGCAAUCGACACCCUAGCGUUUUCACUUAAUCUACAAAAGCCAUUCUACGUGGUCGUCAUUGACGCUGGAUCCACCGGUUCCCGUGUACUGGCAUUCAGCUUUCACGAGUCCAUCCUUAAUGGCAAUUUAGUGCUGGAUAACGAGUUGUUCAAGGAAAUUAAACCUGGGUUAAGCUCGUUCGCCGACAAGCCGGAGGAUGCCGCGAAAUCUCUGAUGGUGCUUUUGAACGAGGCGAAGACGGUGAUCCCACAGUCAGAGUGGCCCCGCACAUUGCUGACGAUGAAGGCCACGGCGGGACUGCGACUGCUCCCAGAGCACAAGGCCAACGGCAUUCUAGAGGAGUGCAGAAAGCUGUUCCAGACGUCUGGGUUCCAAAUUGCGAGAAACUCGAUCUCCAUAAUGGAGGGUACGGACGAGGGGAUCUUCUCCUGGUUUACCGUCAACUUCCUACUAGACCGUUUUAACUCGCUCAGCUCUCAAAACACCGUGGCCGCGCUGGAUCUUGGUGGUGGUUCGACACAGGUCACGUUUCAGCCCGAUAGCGUCCAGGCAAAGAAGCUGGAGAAACAUGUCUACUCCAUCAACGUGUUCAAUCACAACAUGAGUCUGUACACGCACAGUUACUUAGGCAUGGGUCUAAUGGCCGCGAGAAAGGCAAUUUUGACCUAUGACAUGAAUCUCGAGGACACAAAUCCCAAAGUUCCCAUAGAGAUACAUUCCGAGUGCAUCAAUCCGAUCGUGUCCACUGAGUGGUCUUAUCACGGGCGCGAUUACAUUGUGAAAGGUCCAAUAAAUGGCACAUAUAAACUGGUGAAGACGCAAAACUUUGCUGGUGGCGACGAGAAUAAACCUGUCGUACGCUUCGCGGAAUGCUUGAAGAUCAUCGAGAAAUACGUCGGUACUCUCACAGAAAGACCCAUAGGCUUGAAAGAUCACGAAGUGUACGCGUUUUCGUACUACUUUGAUCGCGCGACAGAGGUAGCAUUAAUAGAUCCAUUUUUGGGCGGAAUGGUGCAACUGAGUUCGUUUUUGAAGCAAGCUAUGGAGACGUGCGAUUACCCGAACACAGAUCAGCCAUUUAUGUGUUUAGAUUUGACAUUCAUUUAUGUUCUGCUAAGAGACGGAUUUGGUUUGGAAUCGUCGACUAAGCUACAUCUUUACAAGAAGAUCAAUGGCCACGAAUUAAGUUGGGCAUUGGGAGCCGCGUUCAAUGUUCUCCAAAAUGGACUUUGACGUUUUAUUGUUAUAUUAUUGUUAGAUGAGUUUUAUUCCAGAUUGUACAUUGUAAAGAUAAAGCGGAGAAUGCAAUUAAGGAAAAAGGAAUGUACAAGAAUAAUAUUAAUGAGACUUUACUUUUUUUAUAUAAGAAAUAUUGGAUUUGGCGAAAUGAUUUGAUAAUCAUCAACAUUUGCCGCACAAUUACCUAAUCGUACAAUCUAUCUGAAUAUCUUUCUCGGGAUUUAAGGAGAAGCAGUAUUUGUGAUGUAUAUUUAGAUAUGAGUAUAUAUUUUUGUCUGAAAUAUAUUAUCUUAUCAGUUUAAAAUGGAAAACAUAUCGCCGCAUAUUUAUAACAGUUCUUUAAAAUAUCUGUAAUUGUUUUAUUUCGAUAUGUGUUCAAUGAUUUUGACCUAUCAUAUUCAAUUUUAAUCUUGUAGAGAACUUAAAACCAUUAAUGCAUUUGCGAUGUAAAUUAAUGAUAAAAUUGAUUCGCCUCAAUUUGCAAAACUGAUUAAAAUGUAAUUCACUAACUGUAAAAAUUGAUGAGAUUAUGCGAAUGUAUUCUUGCGGCGACAUAACUGUUACAAAAUCAUUCUGAAUGAAACAAACGAAAAUUGUACAGUUUCUGACAUAUCUCGAUGCACAAAAAAUUGCAGUUACCGCAAAAAAAAAAUUUAGUACAAACAGAUUAAUCAUCGACUGCUAACGUCUACCUGUUAAAGUAUGCCAAUAUUGUAAAUAACAUUCAAUUUUUAUAUCUAUCGCUCUGUACCAUGAUAUUUUACAAUGAAUUUCUUCUGAGAUAUCGUGUUUACAAGUGUUUACAAGCCCUUUAAUUAUAAUAUGUCCGGCAAUGCGAAGUAACGAAUCAUACAUUGUACAUGCGUAGAUAGUGAACUGUUGAGAUAGUUUGUACAAUCCAACAUUCUACAUGUUAUUCCAUACAAGUGAAGACAUACGAUUUUUGCAUGUAAUAUGUGUAUAUAGUGCCUUUAAAACCGCCGUUUUUUAAUUAAUAAAGUGAACGUAUCGCUAAAUAAAUAAUACUUAUAUUUAAUUAUGCCUAAUUAUAUCUUUUUUUAUGUAUUUCACUUGUAUAAAUUCUUGCACGUCUAUUUUUUUGUUUUACAUUAUAUUAUGUAUAAUUAUAUGAUCCAAUCUUA